GACGCUUUGCUGUCAACAUUAACAAAAUUUGUAUUAUAUUUCAUUUACUAUGAAAAUUUAAAAUAAUCUAUUUUACUAUAUACUAAAACUGAAAAUAUUUGCAAUUACUUUAAACAAAAAAUAUUUAACUUAUCGUACAAGUUAUAGUUAAGAAAUAAGUGUGGUGUGUAACAGUUCAUUUUGUGAUGAUAAAUGAAAAUAUUGAAAUGACUCUAAAUGGAAAGGAGGCAAAUAAUAAAGAAGAUGUCACUAAGAAUCCCACGAAAUGGCUGGGACAAAGACACUUCCAAAUAUUCCUAAAUUUUCUUCUAACGUUUAUAGCUUACGGUAUGAGAGUCAAUUUAUCUAUAGGAAUAGUGGCAAUGACUGAUGCCAAUGCUAGUAAAAAUCCAGACAUUCCCGUAUACCCAGAAUGGCAUGACAAAAGUAUAGCUCUAUCGUCAUUCUUUUGGGGCUACAUUAUUCCACAAAUCGGGGCUGGCAUGUUGGCCAGCAAAUAUGGCCCCAAAUGGUUUCUUGUGGGUACGAUGUUCGUGGGUUCAAUAUUUUCCAUAAUUAUACCCCCCAUGGCUAACCUAUUUGGAUCCAAAGGGGUUAUGGUGUGUAGGAUGAUCCAGGGGUUCACACAAGGGUUCAUUUUUCCUUCAGUUCAUUAUAAUUUGAGCAAAUGGGCCCCUACUUCCGAGAGGUCCAGGAUGGGGUCUUUUGUCUACGCUGGUGGAUCAAUUGGUUCUGUGGUAUCCAUGAUCGUUUCCGGAAUGAUAGCAUCUAGCUGGUACGGCUGGCCCAUGAUAUUCUAUUGCUAUGGAGGUUUUGGUAUAGCCUGGUCCAUUCUAAUGGGGUUAUAUGGGGCCAACAGUCCAGCAGAACACAAAACUAUAUCGACAGAAGAAAAAAAAUACAUCGAGCAUAAUUUAGGACACGAUGAACACAAAAAGGCCGUAUCUACUCCUUGGAAAAAAAUCCUAACCUCACUUCCAGUUUGGGCGGUGCUCAUAUCACAUUGCGGCCAAAACUGGGGCUUCUGGACUCUCAUAACAGAAAUACCGUCCUAUAUGGGGCAUGUUAUGAAGUUUGACAUCAAAUCUAAUAGUCUUCUGUCAGCCCUACCUUAUUUUGUAAACUGGAUAUUCAGCUUCUUAUGCAGUGCUGUGGCAGAUAUGUUGAUAGUAAGAAAAUUUUGUACUGUUGGAGUGACAAGAAAAAUAUUUAACUCUAUAGGUUUGGUCAUACCAGCUGUGGCGUUAACAAUUCUGGGUUUAGGGACAAAAACCGCUAACCAAUCCAUAGCACUACUAGUUGUAGCUGUUGGUAUGAAUUCCGCAAUCUACAGCGGUUUUAAUAUCAAUCAUAUUGAGUUAUCUCCAAACCAUUCUGGUACGUUGAUGGGCUUCACAAACUGCAUAUCGAAUGUUUUUUCUUUGGUGGCUCCACUGCUAGUCCAAGUGGUUGUAUCAGAUGAGAACAACGCGGAUCAGUGGAAAAUAGUUUUUUUCACGGCGGCAGCUGUCUAUGUAGCUACAAAUACGUUUUUCGUAUUUUUUGGAUCCGGAAGAGUGCAACCUUGGAAUGAAGAAGCUAAAGCGAAAAAGGAGGAUGAUGUUUUAGAUGAAACGGCUCAAAGGGGACCAACUUCGUAAAUCUGUGAUAAUUAAGUGUUAAAAUAUAAAUCAUUGAAUCUCGCCUUUAAAAACUGUUAAAUUGUGUAGAUAUAUAUUUAUUUAUAAGAAAAAU